AUGAUGGUCCACUGUGCCGGCUGCGAACGGCCCAUCCUGGACCGGUUCCUCCUCAACGUGCUGGACAGAGCCUGGCACGCCAAGUGCGUCCAGUGCUGCGACUGCAACUGCAACCUGACGGAGAAGUGCUUCUCCAGGGACGGGAAGCUCUAUUGCAAAACGGACUUUUUCAGGAGGUUUGGCACAAAGUGCGCGGGCUGUCUGCAGGGAAUCUCGCCGAACGACUUGGUGCGUAAAGCGCGCAACAAAGUGUUUCACCUGAACUGCUUCACCUGCAUGGUGUGUAACAAGCAGCUGUCCACGGGGGAGGAACUCUACGUGAUAGACGAAAACAAGUUCGUGUGCAAAGAAGACUAUGCGAGCUCCGGGGCCAUCAAAGAAGUCAACCUGAACUCAGUGUCGUCGUGCACAGACAGGAGUUUAUCGCCGGAUCUGCAGGACCCAACUCAGGAGGACAUAAAAGAGACGGACAAUUCAACGUCCUCAGAUAAGGAAACGAACAAUAUUGAGAACGAGGAGCAGAACUCGGGGACCAAGCGGCGGGGGCCCCGGACCACCAUCAAGGCCAAGCAGCUGGAAACGUUAAAGGCCGCGUUCGUCGCCACGCCGAAGCCGACCCGACACAUCCGGGAGCAGCUGGCCCAGGAGACGGGACUGAACAUGCGGGUGAUCCAGGUUUGGUUCCAGAACAGAAGAUCCAAAGAGCGACGAAUGAAGCAGCUGAGUGCUCUGGGCGCACGGCGGCAUGCCUUUUUCAGGGGCCCGAGGAGGAUGAGGCCCCUGGGAGGCAGGCUGGAGGAUGCAGACAUUUUGGGACCUGGGGCCUAUGGUUACUAUGGAGAAUAUCAAGGUGACUACUACGGACCAGGGAGUAAUUACGACUUCUUCCCCCACGGUCCUCCGUCUUCACAAGCUCAGUCUCCAGCCGAGUCCCCCUACAUCCUGGGCUCUGGGCCCGGAGCCAUGGAGGGAUCCGGCCACCACCCUUCAGACGACCAAAGGUUCACGGACAUGAUCUCCCAUGCGGAAACCCCAAGUCCGGAGCCGGGUUUACCGAGCUCCAUGCAGCCUGUCCCGGGGGAAGCAUAUGGUGGCGGUCCUAGUCCUCCUUUCUCAUUGGCCAGUAACUCCAGCUACAGCGCACCAAUGUCCCACCAAGGCCAGGAGAUGGGAGAAACCACAGCCUGGUAG